GCAAAUUUUUUUUAAAUGCAGAAGUGGCAUCAGAAAUUACCGGCAUUAAUAAAGAGCUAAUUCAAAAUUUUUCAAUAAUACUGCGAUUAAUAUCGUGUGGAAUGCGUAUUAAUAUCGACGCGUUUAGAGAGCUCCUUAUAAGGACAAGAACAAUGUAUUUGACUGAAUACGAAUGGUACUACAUGCCUAGCAGCGUGCAUAAAAUAUUGAUGCAUGGGUGUGAGGUUAUUGAGUAUUUCGAUCUACCAAUUGGCAAUUUUUCAGAGGAAGCUCUGGAAGCUUUACAUAAACACAUACGUAUCGUACGAUAUGAUCAUACACGUAAAACUGCUCGGGAGCAUACAAACAGAGACUUGAUGUCAUACUUAACAAUAUCAUCAGAUCCUGAAGUAGUUUUUAAAAGGAGUGCUAUCCCAAACAAAAAUGCAGUUUAUACAAUGGACGAGCUGGAAGAGUAUUUAGUCGAUGCUGAAGAAACUUAAAAGUAAUAAGUACCCUUCAGUCAACUCAAUUAGUUUUAUACUAAUCAAAUACUAGUCAGCCACACGGCCUCAACUAGUUCGAGUUCUGUAAUUUUUCCAUAUAAGCAACUGGCCACGGCGAUGUCCUACGAGAUGGCAAUUGUCCUCUUCUGCAUCAGCACUAUACCAGUUGGCAUACUAGUCAGCCUCUGCAUCAGCAAUAUAUCAGUUGACAUACUAGUCAAUAUAUACAUCAAUAUCAUACCAUUUAAGAUACUAGUUCGUAUAUACGUCAUGAUCGUACCUGUUGGCAUACUAGUCAUUAUAUACAUCAGAAUCAUAGCAGUUGACAUACUACUCAGUCUAUGCGCCAGAACAUACUAGUCAGUAUGCACGUCAAGAUCCUACCACUUGUCAUACUAGUCCACGAAUUUGACAUUCAUUCCAGUUGGUAUACUAUGGGAUGGGAUUUUUCUGAUUAGUAUGAUUUCUAGUAUAGAUUACACUUUUUCUGACUAGUAUGA